AUGCCUCCUGCGGAUCGUCGUGCGUCGGGUCGCUGGAGAGGUGUGGGGAGAUAUGCUCGCAAUAUUUCCACUUCUUCAUUUCGUUUGGUGUGUCCUUUGAAAACAGGGAAGAAUCGGAGGCUGAAGCAGGCGAAGGAAGAAGCCCAGGCGGAGAUUGAGCAGUACCGCCUGCAGAGGGAGAAGGAGUUCAAAGCCAAGGAAGCGGCGGCACUUGGAUCUCAUGGCAGCUGCACCACUGAAGUUGAGAAAGAGACCCAGGAAAAGAUGAGCGUGAUCCAGCAGAACUUCCAUAAGAACCGUGAUGUGGUCCUCUCCCAGCUGUUGUCACUAGUGUGUGACAUCAAACCUGAAAUCCAUGUGAAUUACCGCAUCAAUGGGUAGUAGAGGAAGAAGGAAGAAGCAUACUGGAAAUGCUGGUAGUAACGUCUGAGCUUGAGGUGGAAUGUACAGCCCUUAGCCAUAGCUUCACUGUUCUCCCUGUAUAUGUGUUAAAUUA